AUGACGACACCAGCGACGCCACUGAAGAUGAGGGAGAAGGUGGCACCCCCGACCGAGGAGGAAAUGAAAAAGCUCAUGACACAUGUGGAUGUUCCUGAACGACUCUCCUGCGCUGAUUGGUUCGGAUUUGUGGUGAUCGUUCCGCUUGCCCCUUUCACGGUUGUGGUGCUCGUGGCAACAAUGCUGCUGUCAUUGGCGCCGCUGGUUUUAACGGCACUCUUUCAGUACUUUCAACCUGGGAUCGUUCGAGCCUUUGAGAGAGGGGCAGGCUUCUGGGCAAUUUGUGCGCUGGUAAUGGUGCUGUCGACGCCCUCAAUGGUCCUGGCAGUGGUCUGGGCUGUGGUCGUGAACCUCGUUUUUUUCAUCUUCUCGGCUCCAGUCGGCCUCUUUCGUUGGCAGUCGACAGCGCAGUCCUUGCGGACCCUCUGGCCUUACAUGGGUCGGCCCGGAGACUCAUCCGUCGGACUGCGCUCGCCCGCUGACAAGUUGGCGGAGAAGCACGGCUGCAUGUGGAGUUUCGCAGACAUUUUUUGCGCGAUCGCAGGAGCUGUGCACAGGCAGGGCAUUAGCGAGGUGAUGAUUGCGGUUCCGCUUAUGGUGACCAUCAUUCCUUUGUACAAGUGGCUCCUAUGCAAUCCAUUCAUCUACACGCUGAAGGAAGUCUACAUCAAUCAAAGGUCCGAGCCACUCGACGUUGAUGGCGAUGGAAACUCAAAUCUUAAAGACCAGUACCUCGCAUUCCUGGCAAUGCGCAGGCUGGUGUGCAACGCGAAGAUCGGGGACAUCAAUGCACACAUUGUGGACGCCUGGCCCUUUACUGGUCAUCACCAGUUCCCACCCCCGGGCCGAGAAAGUAAGACAGUCGCAGGGUUACAAAUGGGCAUGGGUGGAUAUUGCACCUUGAUCUCUCACACCACACACCCCUAUGAUGUGGAAGGACACAAGCCUCGUAGCGAAUCGGCUGCGCACGGUGUCAUUGUGGUGCGCCUACAGGCGUGGAAUCCAUGGUACCAGCUAGCUGGCUAUGUCGAGGUCAACGUCCGCAAAGACAAUGGUGUUGAACACCCCAUGUGGUUAUGUGCAGAUCCCUCUUCCAAAACGCACAUGAAUUCCUGUUUGUCGAUCAACAAGCUCUUCGUGACGCUGGGCAAGUGUUUUGCUGCCUACCUGCGGGAACAGCCCGAGUUCCAGGACAACCCUUAA